GUUGGGGGCACAGCGUUACAGGGCUCCAAACAAAUUGAUGGGAACAAUAUAAAUACGCAGGGGAUGCAGCCAGGAGUCAGAUACAAAGAACCAGAAGGCAAGACCGUUUGCCAACCUUCCUAAGAUGCCUGCCGGGAUCCUUUCCGUGUUUCUCUUCGGCCUUCUCACCUUGUCUUCAGCCUGCUACAUCCAGAACUGCCCCCGAGGAGGAAAGAGGUCCCUGUCUGAUGCAGAAGUCCGACAGUGUAUCCCCUGCGGCCCUGGCAACAGAGGGAACUGCUUCGGGCCCAACAUUUGUUGCGGAGAAGAGAUGGGCUGCUAUUUUGGGACUUCGGAGACUCUGCGUUGCCUGGAAGAGAAUUUUCUCCCUUCUCCCUGCGAGGCUGGUGGGAAGCCCUGCGGUGCAGGCGGGCGAUGCGCGGCCCCUGGCAUUUGCUGCAAUGAUGAGAGUUGCGUUUCCGAUGCUGCCUGCGGAAAUGAGAAUGGCGAGAGGACGGACAUCUCCGAAAGGAAUUUGACCGGGCUGGACAGCUCAACCGGAGAUCUCCUUCUGCGACUGAUGCACCUGGCGAACAAGCAACAACAAGGAAAACCACAAAAUUAUUAAGGUGUUGGAGAGCCGGCGUUCCGUGGGCGUCAUGGCCUUAGAACCCAAAGCAGUCCUGAGUGAUUCAAAGCCUAUAACCGUUUAAGAAUAAAAUGUAAAUACUCUACCCUCAAAACCGGUUCUAAAUUAAUAAAAGUCUUCUUGCAUCGUGUGACAAA